AUUCACAAGUUUUGUGUUGGCCACAUUGGACAAGCUGGACGAUCGCCUUUUGUUACCCAGAACUGUCAAUUCAGAGCAAUAUUCGCAGCAAUUCGGAUUGUGGGGGAGACUUCUUGUGAUUCGAUCGCGACACGUAAAAUAUAUUUAGAACGUGUGGUGUCGUAGUGCCGUGGCUACAAAUAUAACAAUUUUGUUUUGAUUUUCAUUUGUACGUUUUGCCUCAUCGAGUAAUAAAAUAUAUAAGAAUUUCCUUGCAUAUUCCCUUAAUAUUCUAUUACUUAGUGUAAUUGAUUACCAUAUAAACUGGUUUUAAUAUUCAUAUGUAACAAUUUCUGAAGACUCAUAAAACGUAUGCUAGGGUUCUGAAAAUUGACAAUGGCUAAUAUUCGUCAGAAGUCGGACGAUAGUCCGGCAUGUGAAAAUGAUUUGGGAACUUUCAAUCCAGAAUUUGCUACAGAAUUAUCAAACAAACUCGAACGCGUUUCACCUCGAAAUGAUGGGGUGUCAACCAUUGACAUGUAUGAAGAAAGGCUUCAUGAGAUGACCGCUUCUUAUUCUGAAAUAUCCUUCGAUUCUGUUGCUUCGCUUCCUGAUGGCUCACUUUAUGAAAAUAGAUCCUUGGGUGCUUCACCAGGAUCUUAUGAUUUAGAAUGUUCUGUUAAACGAAAGAAUGGUGGAACAUUGAAAUCUGAAGAAGGUAUUCAAGACUGUGACAGCAGGAGGCCUGACAAAUUAGAACUUCAAAACUACCAUAGAGGAGGAUCAGAUGUUGGGUCAUUACACAAAGCCUUUGGUAACCUUCAUUUAGAAGGUACAGUAACCACUGAAGGAGACAUGGUUUCGUUUGUAGCAGAAGAUUUGGAAACAAAAAUCAAAUUAUCCAGUCCUGUCACUAAAAAAGGAGAUACUCCACCAUUUCCUGGCUCACGUAUAUCUACUCCCUGCUUGUAUCGACAAGCUCUUAUGCCACAGUUGCCCUCAAUUAAUCAGACUGUAUUAAAUGAUUUAGAAAUGGAAGUACGUAAAAUAGCUACUUCUGUCGAUACAUUAACAGAAAAUUUAGCAGGAAUUUUACAUAGUGUAUCCGCUCUUACUGUGGAUUGUUUAGAAAUUUAUCGGGAUGCUGUAUGUAAAACGUGUGAUGCUGUAGAUUCCAACAUAAAGUCUAUGUACCAACUUAUGGCGAAAUGUGAAGAACUCAGCAAAUCUAUGAAGCCUAUUUAUAAAUUAGCAGAACAAAUGUAUCCUUUUCUUACUUUAAUGUUUACUAUUGGUUGAUAAUUCUAACUU